CUUCAGAUACCAUGUUAAUAAUAAAGAAGUUAUUUCUUUUCUUUAUGGCUGGACUUGAGUCAUGGUAAGUCGCACUUGUCGUCUCACAUCUAUGUUUCAUUUGAUGGCAUCCAUCCGUGAGCAGUCCUCAGGGAUUAUUCUAUCCUGAUCAGUCAAUCCAAACUUAGAAUAAUCCUUUUUCCUUACUAGUUACUAUGUUUUAAAAAUCUGACUAUUCUCCUGCCUAAUAUCAACAAAACUGGCAAAUAUAACAAGCUGAUGAUACAUCCCUCCCAAAGUCACUUGUCUGUUGCAAAAGACUACAUAGCUUUAAAGACCACGUAGCUCAUAGAUAAGGUAGCCUUAUUACCAAACCUCCUCUGCAGAUCGAUCGAUUAGUAUAAAAGCGCCGCCUACAGACCAAUCACCUCUCACGGAAGAUGGCGUCGGCACGUGUGGAGCAUCCUGCGGACUUGGUUGUGUGGGGGGGAGAAGAAUUGGGACCUGUGUCUCUUGCCUCAGAAGAUACAGAUAAUGACAACAGGGAAAUACCCUGUCCUUGCCCAUUUGGAAAAUACCGAUGGAGCUUGGAGACCCUUAUACCCUUCCGCUGUUCCUCACUAGAGUCCCACGCUGUAGAUAAUGCAGGUUUAAUAUCAUCUUCAGUCUUUCUGUGGAUGAUCCCCAAAAUGUGGGCCAUGUUCAAGAAUGGGCUGGAUACAUCCGACCUACACCUGUCUCCUUUUGAUGUAGCAGACAUUAGCGCAAAAAGGCUCCAGAGGCUAUGGAAUGAAGAAGUGGCAAGGAGAGGCUUGGAGAAUGCCUCACUGAUUCGGGUAACUCUUCGUUUUCAAAGAACUAGACUGAUUCUGUCCGCCCUCGUUUCCAUUCUUGCCAUGGUGGCGGCCUUUUUGGGGCCGGCGGUCGUCGUUUAUAAGAUCUUAGACUACGUUUGCGACCCAGGAGAAACCAGUGGUGUUGGUUUGGCCUUUGCUUUGUUCACCACAGAGUUUCUCAAAACUUCCAUGAUAUCCUUGCAGUGGGCAUUAACACUGCGUACGGCCAUCAGACUGAAAGGUGCCUUAUGCUCUUUGGGCUUCCAGAAAGUCACAUCUCUGCGAGUACUUGGCGACGUGUCAAACGGAGAGAUUCUUAAUAUUUUGACAAAUGUUGGACACAAUGUUUUUGAGGCAGUUGUGAAUGGGAGCUUUGUGAUGUCCACCCCUGUACUCUUUGUUACGGGCAUUUGUUAUGCCUGGAACAUUCUGGGCUACACCGCAAUUAUUGGAGUCCUCAUCUACGUCAUCUGUAUUCCUAUUGAAUAUCUCUUGGCAUAUCUCACAAAUGUAUUCAAGACAAAAGCAAUGGUAAUAAAAGACAAACGUGUUCAUACAAUGACUGAGAUUCUCAACAGCAUUAAGCUAAUCAAGAUGUACGCCUGGGAAGAAUCUUUUGAGAUGAAAAUUGCAGAGUUGAGGAAACUUGAAAAGAAACUAGUACAGAAGAUCCUUGAAAUCCAGAUUAUUAAUGGCAGCUUGACCAUGGCCAUCAGCACCAUUGCCACUGUUUUCACCUUUCUCAUCCACACUUUGUUGGGGUUACCACUGAAAACAUCUGAUGCUUUUACUGUUGUUGCCAUCUUCACCUCCAUGAGGUUCACCUUUGCUCUCAUGCCGAUUGCUGUGAAGGCCCUCACUGAUGCUUUUGUGUCACUAAAACAACUUAGGAAAAUCUUACUCAUCCAGAAUCCUGAGCCUUACCUGACGCAGAUAGCAGGCAGUAAUUCUGCUGUAGUGAUGAGAAAUGCUACACUUUCAUGGACCAAACGCAGCCAGUCAGAGUCACCGCCCAGAGCAGCUAAUGAGGUGACGGAACACAAUAUGGACGUGACUUCUCCGAAUGAAAAUGUUGAGACCUUACCAACCCUCAGAAACAUCUCUUUUACACUACCCAAGGGAAAACUGCUUGGUGUUUGCGGGAAUGUGGGUAGCGGAAAGACGUCACUGAUUUGCAGCAUUUUGGAGCAGAUGUACCUUCUUCAGGGCUCCAUCACAGCUGAUGGAACAUUUGCGUACGUUUGCCAGCAGGCCUGGAUUUUUCAUGGAACUGUUCGAGAAAAUAUUCUCAUGGGGGAACCUUUUGAUCAGGCCAGAUAUGACAGCGUUGUGGAUGUCUGUAGCCUCAGAGCUGACCUAAGCAUCCUGCAAUAUGGUGACCAAGCUGAAAUUGGAGAGCGGGGUCUAAAUCUAUCAGGGGGACAGAAGCAGAGAAUCAGCCUGGCAAGAGCGGUCUAUUCCAACAGGGACAUUUUCCUCCUUGAUGACCCACUAUCUGCUGUUGAUGCUUAUGUGGGGAAACACAUUUUUGAAGAAUGUAUAAAGAAAGAGCUGAGAGGAAAAUCCAUCAUACUGGUUACACAUGAGCUCCAGGUAGGAAAACGUAUUCAAUUAUUAUGUAGUGGAGACUGGGCUGUCUGGGCUCAAAAGCACCUUUUCCUUUAGUACCUACUCUGAUUGACUCACCUCGGAUCGACUGGUUUUCCAUUGUAAUCUGGUACUACAUGCUUGGCUGUCGUCAUACCAAAGCGUCUAAGUGUCCGGUGACGUAAUUAAUAUACAACACGAAUGCUACAAAAAAGAUGGAUGUCAAGGCAAGAAAUAUACCUGCUGCUGCCAGCCAAUCGGUCCCAUGCAGUGUUACAACGUCACAUUUUAGUACCUGCUCGGAUUAACC